AUGGCAUCAUCCGACAGCGACAGCAGUUCGAGCAGAUCGACCUCGCCCGAGCUUGUUACCGAAAAAGAGAAAGAAAUGACGAAACAUACGAAGGCACAGGAGUCAAGCGAAGAUGAUACCUCGGACUCAGGUUCGGACUCAGGUUCGGACUCAGGUAGCGACUCCGACAAUUCCAGCGAAAUGAAGCCAGACUCCAGCUCAGGCAAGAAGGCUGCAAUCUCCGGUCCUCAGCCAUACAAACCACCAGCGGGUUUCAAGUCUGCAAAGAAGCAGGCCCCGCCAUCCUCCAAAGCCUCCUCCCUUCUCUCCAACCUCAACGGCAAACAAGUCCUCCACCUCACAGCACCUGCCUCUCUACCUUUGUCUAAAGUCAAGGAGGUGUGCAUGGCCAAGAUCAUGCAGGGUGAACCGAUCAUCUCUCACGAAGGUGUAAACUACGGUAUCCCAGUCGAGGCUCUUUCCGAGACCGAUCCCGCGACCAAAUCGCUACUUGUUUUUGACGAGAAGACGCAAACAUAUCGGACAGCAGCUCACAGCGUCCCAAGUUACCACGUCCAAGAAAUGAUCGGUCUCCCAAGCACAUCGGAAAACACCGAUGCCGUAGUGGCAGAAUUGCGCAAAUAUGUCAAGCCAGCCCGGCCACAGCCGAAGAACUUGAAGAUGCGCUUCCGACCUGUGGGGACAACCAGUGCGCCCCCAGAGACUCUUGGAUCUAGCUCGGAAUCCGAGGCUGAGGUGCCUUCGUUCAAGCCCCCCCAAGCUGCGGCCAUUCCUCGGAAGAAGUCGAAGAAGCACUCACAAGAGAAGGAGGAGGAUGAUAGUCUAAGCCGGAAGAAGUCUAAGAAGUCCCACAAGGACAAGGAGGAAAAGAAGCGGAAGAAGUCCGAAAAAGCAUGA